AUCCCCUCUCUCUCUUUCUCAAUAACAACUCUCGUGAAUGGCGGCGCAAAAACUGGGUCGUUGUUACGUCAGCAUUUCUUCUCUCUCUUCUUUCUCUUUGUCGGCUGUUUCUUGUUCCCCAAAGGAAGUGACUGUAAACAUAAGAAGAGGAAGAAGAAGAACCUUAGAACGGUUUCUUCCGGUUCAGGUUCCGGUUUAUCCUCUCCUUGGUCGUCUUUAAAACGGUUCUACUUAUCCACGACGAGGAUAUCUAAACCCCGCAGCCAAACGCAUCCUAACGGUCAGUUAACGACUCUGACUUCCGCUAGAUCCUCUCACAACUCUCUCGUCACUCUCAUUCAACCCGACCCGGAAACCCGUAACGAGUCGGAUUCUCCUCUGAGCGACGAGAUCUUCUCUUGCGCGACGUGCGGAGAGGUUUUCCCCAAAACAAACCUCCUCGAGCAUCACAUCGCCGUCAAACACGCCGUGACGGAGCUAACCGACGGCGAAUCGAGCACGAACAUCGUGAAGAUCAUAUUCAAAUCGGGCUGGCCCGAUUUGAACAACAAAGCCCCAGAGAUCCAUCGGAUCUUGAAGAUCCACAACAGCCCCAAGAUCCUCGCGAGAUUCGAGGAGUAUCGAGAGUUCGUCAAGGCCAAAGCCGCUCGCAGCUGCAGCGGCGGAGGAGGAAGACGGCGGGACGACGAGCGGUGCGUCGCCGACGGGAACGAGCUGCUGAGAUUCUACUGCUCGACGUUCAUGUGUGACCUAGGACAAAACGGUAACUCCAGUCUCUGCGGCCAUCAGUACUGCAGCGUCUGCGGGAUCAUCGGAUCCGGAUUCUCGCCGAAGCUCGACGGGAUCGCGACGCUCGCGACGGGGUGGAGGGGACACGCGGCGGUUCCGGAGGAAGUGGAGGAAGAGUUCGGGUUUAUGAACGUGAAACGGGCCAUGCUGGUUUGCCGGGUCGUGGCGGGUCGGGUCGGGUGUGAUUUGAUUGCGGAUGAUGACGUGGACAAGAGGGAUGGAGGGUAUGAUUCUCUAGUUGGGGAAGGGAGUGGGAGUAAGAGUGGGGCCCUGUUGAGGAUCGACGAUGAGGAGCUUCUGGUGUUUAAUCCAAGGGCUGUGCUUCCUGUUUUGUGAUAGUGUAUACUGUGUAAGCGUGUGAUUAUGUCUGUGUUAUAUAGACUUAUAGUAUAAUGUUACAACUCGCGAGAUUUUGUGAGGUUUGGUUUAGAUGUAAUAGUGAAGUGUGAACGCUUAAGAUGAUUAAAAAAACUUGUGGUG